UGAUCCAUGAUAUGAGGGUAUGGUUGCUUGUGCGGUAUGUGUUUCCUAGAAAUGGCGUUGCUGUGGGGUGAUGCGCUUUUUUCGAGUUUUCUCUGCCAUUAACUUCGUAUUUUGGUUAAAGCCGAGUAUUUAUGCCUGGCGAUAAAUUAUUUGGAAAUGGCUUUGUAUAUGAGUAAUAUAUGUCGUCUUUGUAUGUCACGAAAAGAUGUAUUAACCCCACUCUUCGGUAAUGACAACCGGGGUCAAACUCUGUCACUGCCGGAUAAAAUAAUGAAUUUUGUGCCUGUAAUAAAGCUUUUUGUUGGUGAUGGGUUGCCAGCUCAGAUUUGUGAACCAUGUGUUCGCCUUGUGAACACUUCCUACAGGUUUAAGGUGCAAUGUGAAACAACAGAUACAGCAUUACGUCAAUACCUGAGUACUCAUUCGCUUCAAGUAGCUGCAAGGAAUUUGGAAAGCACAAAUGAAAUUCUUCACUCUGUCUUCCGAACUGAUAGUUUUGAUGACUGCUGGAAGCUUGCAUCUGUGAAGGAUGAAGUAGUAGAAGUCUCCAUUGAGGAACGUAAAAACGACAUAGAUGAUGAUGAUGAUGAUGAUGAUGAUGAAGAAGAAGAUCUGAGAUUUCAUGGAGCUGAUGAUUUUUCAGAAGAAAACAAUGUAUGGUCACAGAUGCAACUAGAUGGUAACAGUGUUAAGGCAGAAAGGUCAGAUGAACAACCAGCAAGCCCUUCAGUAAAGAAGACAAGUUUUAAACCUAAGAGUUUUUCAAGUUCUUUAAGCAGAACAGUAAACAGAACAACAGAUGUGGAUGUAAAGCUGGAGUUGGAUAUGGGGCCUUCAUCUGUGACACAUACUGAAGUCAGUGAUCCAGACUCCUGUGCCAGUGUGUCUUCUGCAGUGAAUAAAGUAAAGUUUGAGAGACGUGGAAGUACCAUGAAGGUUGGAUCAAGCACAAAGACAAAAGUGUUCAAGAAAAACAUUGUAUGUCCUGAAUGUGGAAAAACAUUUUCUCAGAAACAUCAACUCUCUUUACAUAUGACAACUCAUUCAGGAGAGAAACCAUAUGAUUGUACUGAAUGUGGGAAGAAAUUUGCAAGGAGAAGGCAGCUCACAGUGCAUAUGUUUACACAUACAGGUGAAAAACCAUUCCUGUGUCCCAAUUGUGGCGAGAGUUUUGGCAGAAGUGACACACUCACUAAACAUAUGAGGUCACACACGGGUGAAAAACCUUUCCAUUGUGCGGUAUGUGGCAACAACUUCGGACGCCGUAGUACAUUAACCAAUCAUAUGAGAGCGCAUAUGGGUGAGAAGCCCUAUCUUUGUACUGAAUGUGGUUGGAGAUUUGUUCAGAGUUAUGACCUCACAAAACAUAUGCGAUCUCAUACAGGCGAGAAACCUUUUCAGUGUACAGUGUGCAGAAUGAGUUUUGGUCAGAGAAACAGCCUUACCAAGCACAUGCGAAGUCAUACUGGUGAAGCUGCAUUUUCUAUGGAUCUUACUAAAGGACUGCAGUAUACAAACUACACUUCAUCCUCACUAAAUUAAAGUAAAUAAAUGUGAGGAUCUCAUUCUUCGUACCAAAUAGGUUCUUCUCAAGCCAUUCCACUAAAAUGUAAUCACUAAAUGUGUGCCCAGUUUGGCUCAAUCUUUCUGAAGCUUAAAAAUAGAUAUUGCAUUAAUUGAUUGAUGGGUGUAUUGUUGUCUCACCUGCAAUGGUUAUUCAUUUUUGGAUGUGAUUAAAUACGAGAAGCUUUAUGAGACCCAACGUAUUCCAUACAUUCCAUGAAACACUACACAGCAGUGUGCUUAUGAAAUCAUGUUCUUUUAACCUUUCCUCUCUUACUUAUCUAUUAAAUUAGUUAACACACCUUUAAACCAGAGUUUAAUCUCUGCCAGAAAAAAUUAUGGUUCAUUGUAAGCCAUGACAUUGUUAUCCUCUCAUAUCCAUGAUCUUCCAAAUGGCCACUUUCCAAGAGAUUUCCAUAUUAAAAUUCUGUAUGCAUUCCUUGUCUUCUCCAUCCUAGCUAAAUUUCCAGCCCAAUGUAACCUUGAUUUCCCUAUUCUAAGAACACUAGGGAACCUGUAGAAGUUCAUCAUGUAAUAUCAUAAAUAGCACGCUUACUUUAUGCAUCUUUGUCUCGCAAAUUUUCCAGAGCUCUUGUUUUCUGUGACAUAUAAUAUACAUUCUUUUCCUAAAAUAAGAGACCCUGUUCAUACCCAUAUGGGAUGACCAAAUGUACUAUUUCUUAUCCAGAUUUUAAUCCUUUGGGAAAGUAGAUGAGAUGAUAAUUGUUGAACUGAAUUGUAACUGCCAUUUCCAGACGUUAUUGUUCUUCUGAACUAAGCAGUGAUCUAGAUGACAAGGUUUAUUCCUGAUAGAAGCAUACAUUUUUUGAAGAAUGUCGUCUU